GCCCAGCCGUAGCCGCCGGGGCUCUCGAGGACCAUGCCGCCCCCGGGCCGGGCGCCGCUGCUCGGGCUCCUGCUGGCUCUGGCUGCCCUGCGAUGCUCAGUGACCGAGAGCCGGGGCGGCGCGGACAGCGUGCAGAGGUUCUCCCCACUGCCCGUGUACCUGCCCGCCGACCUCCACGUUGUGGACGUGGGCGAGGCUUUCUUCCUGAAAGAAGCCAACCAGGACCUCGCGCGCAACUUCAGCCUGCAGGCGCGGGCCGAGGCCCUCUUCAUCUACCGAGCCCGGGCGCCCCCCACCGUCAACGCCAGCUAUGGCCCGUUUUGGGCGGAGAAGGUGGUCCCUGCCGAGCUCAUGCUGACGUCCACGCCCUUCGGGAGCCUCGAGAAGUUUCCCUUCAACUGGAAGCUGAAGUCCCACAUCCUCGACAGCUCCAUCUACUCCAACAGGCCCAAGGUGCAGACCCUGUUCUAUGUCAGCGGCAUGGGCUGGGAUGAUGGAGACCCCGGGGAGCAGCUCCCUUGUGUCAAGAUGUUCGCCUUCCCAGAGGCCAGGGAGGUGGCGGCCAGCUGCCGGCUGAAGGGCGCCCCGGGGCUGUGCGUGGCUGAGCUGGAGCUGCUGCCCGAGUGGUUCAGCUCGGGGCUGGACCUGGAGCCGGAGGAGGAGAUCCCGGCCCAGCUGGGGGGCACAGCCAUGGAGCUCUUCUUCUCACUCUACCCGGCCGAUGAGGCCGGAGGAUGCCCGCUGGAGGACCAGGGCAGGUGGGAGAACAACAUCCACUCGGGCCACGAGGGGCCCCCACUGGCAUCCCCCGCCCGCGAGCGCAUCGGCAGCGUGGUGGUCUACCCCACGCAGGAUGACCUGCGCUGGUCCCUGCUGAGCCUGGACAGUAACAUUGCCCUCUCCGUGCCCCUGAACCUCAUCCGCGAAGGGGAUGCGGCCACCUUCCUGGUCUCCGUGGCCAGCGGCUCUGUAGCAGACCAGUUCACUCUGCGCAUCAAGGCGGCUGCCGGUGUGACGAUAACGGCCGUGAGAGUCAGCAAGGAGGACCAGUGGGCAGUGCAGGAGGAGAUUGAGGACAGCGACACACAGAUGACAGCCGCCCUGGCCUGCGUGGGCCACCACCCCGACACCCAGAGCAGGUGCCGUCCUCUGGACCUGAGGCCCCUGGGGCCCAGUUCUGCCUUCAUGGAGCGCCUCGUGCAAGGCGGAGGAAUGCAGGCGGACGAGCCAGAGGUGUUGGGCCCGCUGCCCCAGUAUCUCCCAGGCGCUGUCGUCCACUUCUGCUCUGGGCUGGCUUUCCAGGGUCGGGAUGGAGGGCGGCGCCCCAGCAUGGUCUCUCUCUUCCCUGGGGAUGCUCAUUUAGUGGUGUCCACCUCUAUGAUUGUCAUCGUGUCCCUAUUGGCUGACCUUCACUUGGGGACUUUGCUUGUGUUCGUGUCAGUUAGCAUGGGCUGGACGCUGCUGGGGCGGCUGGUGAGGACACAGGGUCUGGGCCCCUCUGUGGAUGCAGCCACGGACAUCGUCUUGUGCAUGGGAGACCGGGCCCUGGCCGGGCAGGGCACCUAA